AUGCAUUUUUCAGCUGCACAUUUGGCUGAAUUGUCAUGUGCAGUGCCGAAGAACUGCGUUCUUUACCAGUUCACUUACGUUACGCUUGGAGAGCUGCCUGCCUUUAUCAUCGGUUGGACAGCAGUCCUCGAUUCUGUUUGUAUUUCUACUAUUCUCUGCCAGGCUUGGAGCGAACACGUUAAUCUGUUGUUCCGUCGCCUCCUUCAUCCGUACAUGACACUGAAAUUACUCCAUCAAGAUACCGGAUUAUGGAUACUUAGUGAAGAAUACGAUUUUGCAGCCUUGUGUGGUGUCUUAUUCACAUUCCUCAUUCUCUGUUGCAGUCUACGGGUUGUGGGUACGGUUUCACUAUGCCUAGUUGUUGUGGCUAUUUUGAUGACAGCCAGCUGUACUAUGGUGGGAUUUUUUCACGCGGACCCGCAAAACUGGAUCGAUGCCAACUUCUUUCGAUUUGGAUUUGAGGGGGUGGGUUUGACUAACUAG